AUGCAUGAAUCAGCAGGUCGAACAAGCAAUUCAUCCUCAUCAUUGUUAUUAUCGUCGAAUUCCAAUCGUUCAUUGAACAUCCAUCCACCAAAACUGACUCGAACAUUACAACAAGAUAAUGCGUCGAAAAAGCUCAAGAUUAGCCAUACGAACGGUGUCAAACCAGCCGUCGAUGGUAAUUCUGUUGCUCGAGGCUCCAAAGGUGAUAAUUCUCUACGAUGUCCCUUACGACAAACUUUACCAAUCUUUAAACAACCUGUUACGCACUAUCCAAUCGAGCGCGAUGAAGUCAAAGCGCAAGUUAUCAAUCCAAAUAACCCAACAGCGUCGGCUAACGGUGGCAAACCGAGUGAGAAAACCAAACCACGGCAAUUAUUCUGGGAAAAACGCUUUCAAAACAUUCGGCCCAUCGAUAUCGAUGAAAAACCCUUCGAACACGUGAAAUUGCCAGAACCUAUAAAAAGUGUUGGUUUAAAUAUGUCGCCAGAAACUGUGGUUAUAAGUUUAGCAACAUCACUUCAUCUCUAUUGCAAUUCGCGUGCAUUAUUCGGCCAAAAUAAACAAUUCCAAAAGAAUCCUACGAUUUAUAUUCAACGUGAUCAACCAUUAAUUGACUAUGUGAACAUCACCGAUGAACAUAUCCGUGCUCAAGAAGCCAAGGUCAAUGAAUUACGCAAACGUAUUCAACAAACAAUGUGCAAAAACGAAGUUUGA